AUGUCUGGUUGUGGACCUCGCCUAGUGUCCGUCAAAACGUGGCACUUAGAAUGGUUUUGGUAUAUCUGGCCCGCGUUAUGGUACUCGGAGGCCAAUUUCAACGAGAAUACAGCCCCGUUAGCUCACUUGUACAACGUCCAAGCUGGAGCGGAUACAAUGGGGUACACGACUGGCAGAACUGUCUACGAUAUUGGGUAUGUUAUCACGCUCUUGUAUUGGCUUCCUGAUUCAUGCCAAGUAUAUAUUUACUAA